AAAGCGGUCUGAAAGAAUCUUUUUGUUCUGUGUCCCCCUCCAUGACAAGUUUUGUUGUUUUUGGGGGGUAUGAGUUGUAGACCGCCCUAAACAAGUAACAACUACUCUCCCGCGCUUCAGUCUACUCUUUGAAAAAAAAAACAAAGGGAAGGUGAAGAAAUGGAGGAGGUGUUGGGGUAUCUGAAGAUAAGUGUGAAGAGAGGGAUAAAUCUGGCACGUCGAGAUCUCUUCUCAAGCGAUCCUUAUGCGGUUGUCAAGAUGGGUCAACAGAGCCUCAAGACUCGAACCAUCCUUCAAAAUCGCUACCCCGAGUGGAACCAGGAUUUACUGCUGUCUGUCACAGAUCCUAACACGCCAGUGUUCCUGAAAGUGUAUGAUAAGGACGCAUUCACGGGGGAUGAUGAGAUGGGCGAAGCGGUGGUAGACAUAAAGCCAUUCCUAGAAGCUGUGAGAACUGCUCCUCCUGAACCCCCGGUUGGAUCUCACGUCAUGUCUCUCCCUCCUAACCCACACAACUGCUUGUCUAAGCCCAGCGUCAUAAUGGUGUCGGGGAGCGGGAAGAUAACACAAGAAAUGAAGGUGAGGUUGAGGAACGUGGAGAGCGGGGAAGUGGAGUUGAAGCUGGAAUGGGUGAACGCGGGGGGCUGCAAGGGCUUCUGCCGCGGCAGGUUCGCCAGCGGCUUUCACACGGCGGCCAGGUCUUCUCAGCUCCUUUCUCUUCAUUCCAAAGAUGGUUAUGCCUGACAUCCUCUAAUUGUCUCCGUAACAAUAAUACCAACAACAGAUAAAAUAAUGUUGCUUUCACUACUUAAUUAGCUUCAGUGUGACACUUUUCUCCAAAUAAGGGUAGAGCUUCAUAUUCCCCGAAACGUUUCUUGGAAUAUAAGGGGAAUGUUAUGUUCCCCAUCAAUUCAUGCUUGACUUUAUUCGUC